UGGCGCGCGCCGCCCGGAAGUGGCGCUGAGGCAGCUUCCGCUGGCGACCGUCCGCCAUGGCGGCGACGCGGCUGGAGCUGAACCUGAUGCGUCUCUUGAGCCGGUGCGAGGCGCUGGCGGCGGAGCGGCGGGACCCCGAGGAGUGGCGGCUGGAGAAGUACGUGGCCGCUCUUGAGGACAUGCUCCGGGAGCUGAAGAAGCAGUCCAGUAAGCCUGCUCCAGAGCUGCUGAAUGAAUACUCUCGCAAAGUGGACUUCCUAAAGGGACUUUUAGAAGCUGAAAAAUUGUCUUCAUCAACUGAAAAGGCUCUGGCAAAUCAGUUCUUGACCCCUGGACGUACCCCUACAACAACCAAAGAGAGAACCCCAGCUACUAAAACAGUUCAUCUGCAGACAAAGGCUCGCUGCACAGGCAAGAUGAGGAGUGAGCUGCUUGGUACAGACCCCUUGGCCAUCGAUGAUUCUGAGGAGUUAAACAUAAGGAAGCGGAAAGGCCUCGCAUCUGAUGAGAAGCAGUCAGCAGUCGAGCUGGACGCUGUGCUACAGCACCAUCAGGAUAUGCAGGAGAAGUUAGCUGAAGAAAUGCUAAGUUUGGCUCGCAGUCUCAAAAACAACACGCUGGCUGCGCAGAAUGUGAUAAAACAAGAUAACCAGACGCUGUCCCAUUCUCUCAGGAUGGCAGACCAGAACUUUGAGAAGCUCAAGGAUGAAUCUGACCGCCUGGAACAGCACGCAAAGAAAUCUGUCAACUGGCUAUUAUGGAUAAUGUUAAUUGUAGUUUGUUUUAUAUUCAUCAGCAUGAUUCUCUUUAUCAGAAUUUUCCCCAAACUAAAAUGAUUUUUUUUUUUGAGCUGCCAGAGUGCAGUUGGAAAGCUCAGCUGGUAUGAUGACUGUCAGCAGUCAAUUUCUUUGCCACCUAUUUUGUCCUUAAAGGGGCUGUCCAAGGCCUACCUGCGCGUCGCUUUCUUGAGCAAUCACUGGAUGCAGUGAAGGGGUUCAUGGGGAAGGCUUUCUACACUCGGAUACUUGGUUCCUUUUUUUAACUCAGUGAAUAUUGUUGUCUGUUGGGGGGAGAACCAGGAUAAAGAUAGCAAUUUACAGGGAGCUGCUGACAAGUUCCUCAGUGGAUGGAUACAGCCCUGUUUUUAGUGUAGCUGUGGCAAAUGUUCCGACUCCUAAAAGGCGUUUACUCAAUACAAAUAUAUAAAUAACAGUUGAAGUCUUAUAGUUUUUCCUGUCUUUACAGCUUUACUGUACUGAAGUAGGACCUUGCUGCCAACAGGAUAUUUAAUUACAGUUCUGUACGUACACAGCUGUAGGGUGUAGGAAGAGAAUGCUGCCAUUGAGCUGCUUGCCUGGCUCAGAUUCAGAGAGUAUCAACAGGUAACACUGUUCUCAGGCUCACCUUUUUCCCAGAUGGGUACUUGGGACUCUGGACCUAGCAAUCUUCUGCAGUUUAGACUUUCUAUAGAAGGGCUGAAGUUGCUUGCUGUUGCAAUGUUUGCUUCCCUUUUUUGUAUGCGCAAAUGUUCUCACUUACUCAUUGUCUGUUGUGUUGAUGCUGUUGCAUCAAGAAAACACUGUGGCCCUGGCCCCAUGGAAUUGUACACGCAGUACUCUCCGUAUGGUAUAGACCUCGCCUGUGCAAACACUUUUUCACUGUAAAAUGGGGGCAAAGGAGGCUGGUGUCUUCAAGACAGAAAUAAUAAUAAAAAUAAAUAAAUUAAAAUUCAGUCUUUACCUUUUGAGACAAGUUAUUCUGGUCAAGAGCAUUUGUGUCAAACGGGUAUUCUUAAGAGGUCGCUACGAUAAAGCAGAGAUGAAAUAAACUGGGAUGAGUAUUUUUCAAACACUGCUACUGCUGGAAAAAAUAAAGAGCCUGCAGUAAAGCAAGGUUUUGUGACAAUGUAAGAGCCAUUUUUAGGUGCUUGUGAUAAGCUAAAAGCAAAUCAUUCCGCAUCUGUGCUGUCGUUUCUGGAGUCUUACUUUGGAAAGUGGUGGCGGUGGUAGCUGUGUGGGGUUUCCCGUUGAGGAAGCGAGCAGCAGCAGAGGUGUUCUUUUGCCCUUUCUGUUGCUGUUGUGAACCACUAGAUGGGGCGUGUUGGGCCUCUCUGCCCGUCUCCGCAGCAGAGGAAGGUGGGGGAAGAGCUGUUUGUCACAACUGAGUUCUUAGGAAAAUCCGACUGCUUCUUUGAAUGCAUCCCAAAGUAGCGGCUCCGUUUCAGAAUUGUUCUUUGCGAAAACAGCUGUGUUAAUGAAGACAGUUAACAUUUUUUACAUAAAGUAUUUUUGUUCAUUUAACAGGAUGUUUGCAAUUCAUUACGCCAUUCACUUCUGGAUUAUCAAAUGAGUGAUUAUACUAUGAAGUACGGCUCUUUCUUCUAGCUGCUUCCGGAUGUGAUAGGCUCGUUCUGUUCAAGGAAACUUGUUACUUUAUAGGAAUGUGUAGUUGUAGCAAUCUGUUCGUGGACAUUUCUACUCUUCCCAGAAGUUUUUCUUCAACUGUAAUGUUUGACAUUUCAUUGUGCUUCAUUAGUGAAUGCUGUGUCACCAAAUUAUUUUUUUAAUUCUAAUUGUUUACUACUUUCCCUGCAGGCAUUUCAGUGCUGAGCUCUUCUCUUAGAGCAGAGGUUGAAUGUAGUGCUGGAAUGGUUUGUGUGUGAGAGGUAUUGGAACGAUACAACAUUAAUGCUUCAUUGGUUAUAAGAUUUUUUUUUUCCCCUUUAUUACUUGAAAUAA